AUGUACUCGGAUAGGGAUGGGAUCGCCUCGGAAAACUCUGCGGCAGUUUAUCAGGCGAGGAUACGGAGACUACCAUUCCUCACCUCCCUAUUAGCCGGUAUUGGCUUUGGCGCCUCGGUGGUUAACGGUGAAUACGGCAACUGGGUCCUAUCCAAAAAUCGGUUCUCCUCACUCCGCUGGAGUGCGCUCUGCUGGCCUAUUGUUACAUGGGAUACAGGACUGCGCGGCAAUCUACACGGCUGGCUUUAG